UACUUCUUCUACUCAACCUUUGUUGCCCCUUCACACACAAACACAUUUUCUCUCUCCUCUCACAACACAACUCUGUGUUCUUUACUUUGGACUUUGGAGGGGGGCCUCCUCAAAACAAACAAACCGUUUUUUUUUAGGGUUUUAGGAAAUCUAGUUUUUUUUGUUUCUAGGGUUUUUGGGAGGAGAGAGAAAGUGAGAACAGAGUUGAGAAAAAAUGGUGGCUGAUAAAGGUAAGAAAUUGAAGACUGAGAAGAAUGAUGAGGAGAAUGCUGAGCAGAUCGAUGGUGAACUUGUUUUCUCCAUUGAAAAGCUUCAGGAAAUCCAAGAUGAGCUAGAAAAGGUCAAUGAGAAAGCUAGUGAUGAGGUUUUAGAGGUGGAGAAGAAGUAUAACGAGAUUCGCAAGCCAGUUUAUGACAAGAGAAAUGAAAUCAUAUCGUCUAUUCCAGACUUUUGGUUGACUGCUUUUCUUAGUCAUCCUGCUCUUAGUGAGCUUGUGACUGAAGAAGAUCACAAGGUUUUUAAGCACCUAACUUCUAUCGAGGUGGAAGAUUCUAAAGAUGUGAAAUCAGGAUAUUCCAUUACCUUUAAUUUCAGCCCGAAUCCUUAUUUUGAAGAUACACGGCUUACCAAGACAUUCACAUUUCUUGAUGAAGGGACUACCAAAGUGACCGCAACUUCUAUUAAGUGGAAGGAAGGCAUGGGAAUCCCGAAUGGUGUAGAUAAUGAGAAGAAAGGGAACAAGAGAGCUCAUAUUGAGGAGAGCUUCUUCACCUGGUUCAGUGAAACUCAGCAAAGUGAUGAUGACAUCCACGAUGAGAUGAUAAAUUUGCAGGUCGCUGAAAUCAUCAAGGAGGACCUAUGGCCUAACCCCCUCACCUACUUCAACAAUGAGGCUGAUGAAGAGGAUUUUGAGGGAGAUGAUGACGACGAAGAGGGAAAGGAAGGCUCUGACGAUGAGGAUGAUGAGCAGGAUGAUGAUGACGAGGAAGAGGAGUAAAAAUGUGGUGGUUAGGGUUGAAUGAGCCUUCUCUCUUGCAGAUGCUAUUGCAAUUUGAUUUUGCUUUGCUUUUCGGAUUACUAUAGUUUUUUUUUACUUUUUUGUAAAGUGGGUCUUUAGUGGGGAUGAUACUAAAUUAAUAGGAAGAGAAGUGAUGAAUUAUGGCUUUUGUUUGGGUGUUGGUUCGUGCUCAAUUAACACAGUAACUACCUAGUUUGGGAAUUUAGCUCUUUAGUCGUUAUCUGGUGGUCUCUACUCUUAAAAUAUAUAUGCAAGGUUUUCCUGAUAA